GCUUAAAAUAUGCGGUUUAAAUUUACAAUUUAUUUAACACUACUAUUUUUAUGGAAAGUAAAAAUGGAAGUUAAUUCUGAUGGCACUCUUUCGGUAGUUUCCCUGAAAAAUUUGGUAGAUAUGGAGAAUAUUUUAAUCGGCGACCUAGAAAACUACACAAUAGAUCUAAAGGAAAAAAUUACUACAAUAGAAAGUUUUCUCAAGGAAGUUCAAGCCAAACGAGAAAUCUCUAAGAAAAAUCCCGAAGAGUUUGUAUCGCAUCCUUUGAAUGGAUAUUCUCUAAUUCGUCGUCUUCAUGAGGAUUGGUCCUACAUCGAGGCGUACAUGUCGAGAGUAGUGGGCGAAAGCUAUCUGGAAAAUAUUAAAUACUUUUUAGACCUGAAUUUUGUCACAGAAAAGGACAUGAACAAUGCCAUUAAUGGAAUUUUUUCAAUCCAAUUACACUAUGCUCUAGAAAACACGGAUAUAGCUAGAGGAUUUUUGAUGGGCAGGCAAUAUAAUGCCAGUCUAAAUACAUUGGAAUGCAUGGUUAUGGCCGACUAUUCUACACAUACUGGACAAGAGCAGUCUUCUAUAAAUUGGCAUAAGGCAGCUUUGCAACAAUAUGAUGAAUUGGAACACGGCCAAGAACUUCGGGAGGUUUUCAAUUUUACGUUACCAAUGUUAUACAUAAGUUAUACAAACUCCUUGUUAGUCAAAGGACUUCGCAGAGCCAGUUUAGAUCUUAUUCGAGGAGUUUCCGGUUCUGACGUUAGACUUUGGCAUCUUCAUCGCGAUCAUGAAAGACUACUUACGGCUUAUGGGCCCGAUGCAAUCUAUCUCUAUCCGCCACUUACCAGUGCCCAAUUGAGCUGUAUGGGCCAAUCAAAACAAUCAAAAACAUUAAAAUCCGAACAAAAAUGUUUCUACGAACGAAGACGGACUGCCUUCCUAACAAUUGCUCCUCUCAAAACGGAAAUAUUAAAUCUAGAUCCUUAUAUAGCUAUUUUUCAUGAUGUCAUUUAUGAAAGUGAAAUUGAGAGAGUGAAAAAUACAUCACUUUCUUCGUUCAAGAGUCCUUCACCAAAUCACCAAAAAUACAAUGUCCAAUUUGCCAAGGUCUAUGAAGAUCAGAAAAGUAAGUUGAAUAAACGCAUUAAGGACCUAACAGGAGAUGAAGUGGAAAAGGAAGAUAAGGACUUUGAUGUAUUCAACUAUGGUUUAGGUGGGUUUUCACACUCUAAAUUGGAUAUACCUAAUGAAGAGGAUAAAAAGUCUGGCCUAGGCAAUUUUCUUACUAGUGUUAUGUUUUUUUUGAGUGAUUUGGACCAAGGCGGCGCUAUAAAUUUUAUAAAUAAGGAUCUUACAGUUCGACCUAAAAAAGGAAGUGCUUUGGUUUGGCGAAAUUUGAACAAUUCCUUGAACUUCGAUGUACGGCUAUUCCAUUUCUCCUGCCCAGUUAUAGUCGGCUCCAAAUGGACCCUUGUUAAACGGUUACACGAAGUCCCUCAAAUAUUUUCCAGACCUUGCCGAAAUAAUUCCAUUGAAUUUAAUGCUUUUCAAAACAGUAACAUGAGACAUUUUGUAUUCCUUUUUUAUAUUUUUUUCAUAGUAAAAUAUAGUGGAUCUGAAAAAUCGGAAAAAGAAAUAGAAGAUGAGAAAUGGGAACUCGAAUUUAACACGGAAUACUACAGUUCCUCGUGUUUGGGUUUGGUUAAGCUCCUAAACCUGGAGAAUGAAUUUAUGAGAAAUUUUACUCUUUACACUGAUGCUUUGCAGGAAAAAGUAAAUACAUUAAAUCUUUAUCUUGAUUUCUUAAAGCGAACCAAACACUCAACUCAAAAAGAAAGAGAAAAGUUUGUGUCCAAUCCACUAAAUUCAUUUGGGUUGAUAAGAAGACUUCACCAGGAUUGGCCUAAAUUGCAGAAUUAUGUAUUUUCCCCUGUAGGAAUGGAUACACUCGAUCAAAUGGAAGCCAUUGUGAUGAAAGGACCCGGGGUCUAUGACAUGAAUGAGGCCCAAAAAUCUAUGAGUCGUAUUGAAACCACGUACAGAAAAGAUUUGGCCAAAGGUAUUAUUUACAACAAAAAAUACAGAUCUGAAAUGGGCUUUAGAGAUUACUUUUCUCUGGCUCUACAUAAAUUCGAUUCCGGCGAUUACAAUAGAUCUAUUGAAUGGCUUCAGGAGGCUCAGCAGUACAAGAGUCUGGAAAACCUUAGCCCCACCGAUAAGAUCCUAGGUGAUCCUUGGGAAGAGUUCGCUCGAUCUAUAAUAAUCCAUAAUAUUUCUCUAACAAAUCCAUCCUUGAAUAAUGAAACUAUUUACAAAGAAGCUAGCAAAAAAUUAAAAGUCUCAAAAUCUGAAGAAAUAGAGAAAGACAUUAACUCAUUGCUGAAUAAAUGGGACAAAGAAAGCCACAAUGCAAAAAAUACCACAGAACCAUCUAUUAUCGCCCAUUAUAGUGGAUGUCGAAAUCAAUUUCCAACAAAAAAGAAUCUUGUCUGUCGAUAUAACACCACAACUACACCAUUUCUGAAAUUGGCUCCACUGAAGUUGGAAGAAGUAAGCCUCGAUCCCUACAUUGUUCUUUACCAUAAUGUAUUAUCCGAUGAGGAGAUUGAUGAAAUGAAAGGUGUUAUUGAUACAUUUUAUAAUGGUUGGACAGAUAUGGAUGAAAGCAAAGAAAUCAUAAGCCGUCUUGUUUGGUUAACCAAGGAGUCAAGUUUCAGGAAGCGCUUGAACCUGCGUAUUAGAGAUAUCACAGGAUUCAUGGUUGAUGAAAUUCCAGGACUCCAAAUAGCCAAUUUUGGAGUGGGUGGACAAUUCAAGCCGCAUUAUGAUUAUUUCACAGAGCGCAUUUUAAGAUUAAAUAGUACUGAACUGGGAGAUCGAAUGGCUAGCAUUAUCUUCUAUGCUGGUGAUGUUGUUCAUGGUGGUCAGACAGUGUUUCCAGAUAUUCAAAUAUCUGUAAAGCCUCAAAAGGGAAGUUGCUUGGUUUGGUUCAAUACCUUUGAUGAUGCAACACCAGAUCCCAGAUCUUUGCACUCCGUUUGCCCCGUUUUGGUUGGUGACCGAUGGACCAUAACUAAAUGGUUGCAUUAUGAGCCCCAACUAUUUGUGAAGCCCUGCUUCCAAAGAUCUGAAAAUAAUAUAUGACGUGUACUUGAAAUUAAACCAUGAAUAAAUAAA